AUUUAAUGUUUGGAUGUUAAUUAUUGAAAGAAAGAUAAUUAAACCGCAGCGCCUAUUAAAGCAUAAAUUAUAUUAUUAUUAUUAUUCUAUCAGAUAAUAUCAUAGACUAGUCAAUUGUAUAUAUUAGCUCCUAGUCCGUAGCUAUAUCCUUUAUAUUAGCUAGGCAGUUAGCUUGAGUUUAUCUCUUGUACGUGUAUAAAUGUAUCCCAAGUGUACAUCAUAAUGAUUAAUACAAUCCAACAUUUUCAUGGUAUCAAGAGCCAUACUCUUAAGAGCUUAAUUUUUUUUCUGAUCCUACUCUCAAAAUGACGAUCCCAGCAGCCACUGCUGUUAUCCCCCUCACUGCCUCAGCCAAUUUCCCGAUCAAACUCACGGCAUCUAAUUUCCCCGUAUGGAAAUGCCAAGUUCAUGCCGCCCUUGUUGGCCUUGGACUUGAAGGGUACGUUGACGGUACCAUCACAGCCCCGGAUCAAUUCACCGAUGCUGCCAAAACGCAGUUGAAUCCGUGCUAUAUUACCUGGUAUCGUCAGGAUAAGACUAUCCUCAGCGCUUUACUUGGGAGCUGCUCCGACACCAUUCAGCCGAUCAUCUCCUCUACCACCACAUCACGCAAUGCAUGGGAUAAAUUGGCACUCACCUAUGCCAACACAUCCCGCGGCCGGAUCAUAUUCCUCAAAUCAACACUUGCCAAAACUACCAAGGGUGACAAAUCUGUCAUGGAAUAUCUCACUAUAAUGAACAAAAUAGCGGAUGAUCUGGCGCUUGCUCAAAGUCCUACUUCUGAAGAAGAUCUGAUUGUGUCUAUUUUGAACGGCCUUGGCCCGGACUAUCAUGAUAUCACGUCCGCUAUUCGGGUUCGUGAAACACCGUUACCAUUAAGUCAACUCCAGAGCAUACUGGAGGAGCGUGAACGUAAGCUUCAAAAUGCCCCUGCACCUACUUCAAUCCUCCUGCCAACCGCAAAUGCUACCAUGCUAAGUGAUCGCAUGCAUCACUCAUCAUCUUCUGGAGACCGGCGUCCUAACUAUGCGAAUGACCGAAGAGGGUCAGCACCUCGUCGUGGCCGAGGAGGAUACUCACACCACCAAACUCGCCAUUCCUCCUUCUCACUACAAGAAUUUCGGAAAUUAGUGACGGAAUUUAGCGGCGGAAACCGUUCUGACAGUAUUUACUGACGGAUAUUAAUGGGGGAUUACUGUCUGUCGGUGUUUAGUGGCGGAACCUACCGCCAGUAAUUUUAGUCAGCAAAUACUGACAGAAGAUUUCUGUCACUAAUAUCCGUCACUAAAAUACAAAAAUGAAUAAUGUUAUAUAUAAAUGUCAUACUCCGUAAGUAUUACAUAGAAAUUCACUUCAACGGCUCUAAAUUCAAGAACUGAAGUUUAAAAAUGUAAUUUAAAAAAU